AUGGAGGAGAAGAGCAGGAUUCUGAUCAUCGGAGGAACUGGCUACAUCGGGAAGCUCAUCGUGGAAGCGAGUUUGAGGUCUGGUCAUCCGACAUUUGCGGUGAUAAGAAAGAGCACUGUUUCUGAUCUUGUAAAAGCGAAAAUAGUCGAAGGAUUUAAGAGCUCUGGAGUCACCAUUCUUAAUGGCGAUUUGAAUGAUCACCAGAGUUUGGUGACCGCGAUUAAGCAGGUGGAUGUGGUUAUAUCGGCUGUAGGUUCGUUGCAGCUGGCUGAUCAAGUUAAGAUCAUCUCUGCAAUUAAGGAGGCUGGAAAUGUUAAGAGAUUCUUACCUUCUGAAUUCGGCAACGACGUGGAUCGCGCGCGCGGCGUUGGACCUGCGAAGACUCUACUCGAAAUCAAAGCUCAAAUCCGGCGUGCUACCGAAGCAGAAGCAAUUCCUUACACAUAUGUCUCAUCCAAUUGCUCCUUCGGAUAUUUUCUGGCGACGCUGUCGCAGGAGCCCUACGCCACAGCUCCGCCUAGAGACAAAGUGACGAUCGUAGGAGAUGGAAAUACCAAAGCUGUUUUCGUUGAUGAACGAGACAUUGGCGCAUACACAAUCAAAGCCGUGGACGAUCCGAGAACACUGAACAAAAUCCUCUACAUCAAACCGCCGAAGAACAUCUAUUCCUUCAACGAGAUGGCUGCAUUGUGGGAGAAGAAGGUCGGUAAGAGCCUCGAGAAAGAGUAUAUCUCUGACGAGCAGCUCCUGAAGCAGAUCCAAGAAUCACCGGCUCCAAUAAAUUUCUAUCUCGCUAUCCUGCACGCCAUUUACGCGAAUGGCGAUCAAACGUACUUCGAAAUCGAGCCAUCUUUUGGGGUGGAGGCUUCAGAGCUGUAUCCUGAGAUCAAGUACACCACUGUGGAUGAGCAUCUUCAUCAGUUUGUGUGA